GGGGUUUGAGGGGGAUCAAAGCGCGUUUCUAAUCCACGCUCGCUUUUCAUCCAGCGCGGUCACAGGUUAUUGUACAAAUUCAAGCUGUUUCUAUUAUAAAAAGGGAAAAAAUUAAACUUCUCCAUUAUAAUCUCUGCUUUAUUGUCGCUUUUCGUCAUUUCUCAAUUACAGGCUUUGGAAAGAUGAAGAACAAUGAAAACGUCCAGCCUGAAUCCAUGAAAACAAGAGAUAAAGCAGUGAGUUACUGACACUGAAAUAGUAAAUCAAAAUACAUUCUUGCAAACUGAUCUUAUUGUUUUUUGCCAAUGCAGUCGUCACCGGCAUUGCCAAAACACAGAGCGGUUUUGUCUGACAGUCGAACACUGUCGCCUGACGCAGAACAACGAAUAGCUGCCACAGAGGAUACCAAGACCAAAUUAAAGGACUCGAAGGAGGCAACUGAAGAGUCAAAGUCAGGAACAAUGGAACAACAGUCAGAAUAUGAGCCUACAAGGAACGAAGAUCUCGCAUACAAAAAUAAGCAUUUGGUCUUUGAAAACACAGUAGAAGUAGCCAGAAGAUCACCUGUUCAUUUACCAGAAAGCUUUCUUUUCAAUGAGCCACUUACUGAUGAAAGUAGUAGCUUUGAGUUCCUUUCAUACCAUAAAGAUUCCCCAACCAGAUCACCUCUCGGAUCACCCAUUGUUGCAGAAAAGAAGACACAACGACCAUCCGAUUCAGCAACAGCUUCACCCUUGCCAUCCCAAUUGCGAGAUGUCACAAAUAUAGAAGAAGACGCUGAAGAAGAAUUAGAUAGGGCCGAAAUCGAACGAGUACAGAAAGAAAUGGACCAUAAAUCAUUAACGAUAGACGAGAAAGAAGCGCAACUUCGACGAGUACGCCAGGAGCUGCAUCAAAAAGAAGAUGAACUAAGCCAUCUAAAUGAACGUCUAUCAGAAGUCGAAGCAUUGGAAACAAAAAUUGCAGAUUUGGAAGAUAAGACAAAGGAAUACAAGGAACAAUUUCAAGAGUUGGUCGAAAUACUAGGCCAAUCGACUAUUGCAAAGAAACUUGACAGUAAAGAAGCUACUAUUAAUGAAUUGCUGAAUCAUCUAUCCGAAAUCCAAUACAAGAUCCAUGAACUGAAAGAACGUCGUCGUCGUCAAGAAGAAUAGUAAUAAAGUCACUUCUUCACUAUUAGUAGCUUUGCAUAAUACAUACACAAACAAACAUUAUUCACCGUCACGUACCUCAUUUAAAUAUUAUUAUGCUUCAUCAUGAAAUAAAAAAAAA